AUGAACACUAAAUUGGCUACGGCUUUAAUAUUUUGCUAUGUAUUUUACAUAUGCAAGAGCCACUCCAUUGAUCCUUGUGCAUCUCAACAAGAUGACUCUGAUCUUAAGGUAUUUCCCAUGUAUGGGAAAUGCUCACCAAAAACAAACUCGUGGGAUGAUAGAGUCACAAACAUGGCCUCAAAAGAUUUAGACCGAAUUAACUACCUAUCCACAUUAGCACCAAAAAAACCCGCCUCUUCAGCUUCAGCACCAAUCGCUCCUGGCCAAACUUUCAACAUCAAUAACUAUGUUGUCCGUGUCAAAAUCGGAACACCGGGUCAACUCCUCUUCAUGGUUCUUGACACAAGUACCGACGAGGCUUUUGUCCCUUCUUCCGGCUGCACUGGUUGCUCCGCAACAAAAUUCUCCCCAAAAUCUUCCACCACUUACGUCCCAUUGAAGUGUUCCGCUCCACAAUGUGGACAAGCCCGUGGGCGUUCAUGCUCACCCACAGGCUCUAACGUUUGUUCCUUCAACCAAUCUUACGCAGAUUCUUCUUUCUCUGCUACACUCGCUCAAGAUUCACUUACAUUAGAUGGAGCUGCAAAUGCUAUUUUUCCUAAAUUCUCUUUUGGAAGCAUCAAUGCUAUCUCUGGUGCUUCGAUUCCAGCCCAAGGACUUUUGGGCUUGGGUCGUGGCCCAUUGUCUUUAUUAUCUCAGUCCGUGUCAACUUACUCGGGUGUGUUUUCUUAUUGUCUACCCAGUUUUAAAUCUCACUAUUUUUCCGGUUCACUUAAACUCGGACCAGUGGAUCAACCCAAAACCAUUAGGACAACACCUCUUCUUCGCAACCCAAUUCGUCCAUCUCUUUACUAUGUCAAUUUAACUGGAAUUAGUGUGGGUAGCGUGAAUGUCCCUAUACCCAACAAUCUUCUAGCAUUUGACCCGAAAACUGGAGCUGGAUCGAUAAUCGAUUCGGGUACGGUUAUAACCCGCUUUGUGGAGCCUGUUUACAAUGCGACAAGGGAUGAGUUUAGAAAACAAGUGAAAGGACCGUUUUCGAGCUUAGGAGCCUACGACACAUGUUUUAAGGAUACAAAUGAAACGACAGCACCUGCUAUUACGUUGCAUUUCAAGGAUUUGGAUCUGAAGCUGCCAUUGGAGAAUGGUUUAAUUCAUAGUACUUCAGAGCCUUUGGUAUGUCUUGCAAUGGCAGCUGCACCGAGGAAUGUGAACUCUGUGUUGAAUGUGAUUGCUAAUUAUCAGCAACAGAAUUUGAGGAUUUUGUUUGAUACAGUGAAUAAUAAGGUUGGCAUUGCACGCGAGCUUUGUAACUAG